UACGCCCCAUCCAUAGGCUGUGUGUCUUGUCAAGCGAUUGUUCAUAUUGGUCUCUGGGUCAUUCUCAUAGACGGAUUGUCAACCUUAUUCGUUUUGGAUGUCGGAAAGUUAAUACGACCAGGAGGAUACGCAUGAAGGGGGAGAUGAUGAACGUGGAGACGCUGAGUAGACCAGAGUUGCUGACCCUCCUCAGUGUCCUGGAGGGAGAGCUGGAAGCUCAGGAUGUGGUCAUCCACGCCCUCAGGGCGCAGCACAGGGACUCGUUCGUGCAGGAGCGCUACGGCCAGUACGACUUGAGUGACCCGUUCCUGGCCCUGCAGCGCGACAGCGAGACCAUGGAGGGCUGGACGGACGGCGAGCAGGCGCCGGGCGGCGGGGAGACGCACGCCCGGGCGGGGCGGGGCAGCGCGGUGGGACCCAACCCUCUGGCCGUGCUCAAGCUGGUCAUGGCCCACUGCAAGAGGAUGCAGGAGAGGAUGAUGGGACAGCUGGCUGCCGCAGAGAGCAGACACAGGAGGGUGAUUGCAGAUCUGGAAGAGGAGAGGCGUGGGCAUGCGCGCGAUGCGGCGCAGGGUGAUGAUGUCACCUUCAUGCUGGAGAAGGAACGGGAGAAACUACUGCAGCAGCUGGAACUGGAGCGAGCGGCGGUGCGGAGGCUGGAGAAGGAGCAGCGGAGGGCGGCGGGCCAGGCGGAGGAGUCUCUGUCCCACCAGCGCCAGCUGUCCUCGGCCCUGACCCAGGAGCUGCAGCGGGCCAGCAGCCAGGCCCUGGAGGAGGCAGAGCGCGUGGCUCAGCUCCGCCAGAGGCUCCAGGAAGAGAGCGGCGCCGCCGAGGCCCUGAGGGGGGCGCUGGAGGGCGAGAGGGGCCGGGCGGAGCAGCUGGAGGCCCGGGCAGAGAGGCAGCUGGCCGAGCUGGACACGGAGCGGGAGCAGAUGAGGGCGAGGAUCAGGAGGGAGGAGGAGAGGAGCCGGGAGCUGGAGAGAGAGGUGGAGGAGCUGAGGAGAAGGCUGGGGGAGGGAGGUGGGGAGCGAGAGAAGGAGGAGGAGGUGAAAGAGGUGAAAGGGUCUCCCCCUUCUAAGACGGUAGUGGCGCCUGCGUCGUUAACCUCGGCUCAGAUGGAGCCUGAUGGGAAGGGGAUUGUCACUCCCAAGACACCCGCGGUGUCAAAGGUCAACGGCCACCACACCCCCAGAGAGGCAGAGCCCCCCCAGGAGAGCAGUGGUGCAGAAAAUGGGGUGGAUAAUGUGGGCGGGGCCGGGCCACACUCCCCUCUACACACCCACCCCCAGUCCCAUGCCCAGUCCCACCCCCACCCCAACCUGUCCCCCUCCAGCACCGCCUCUUCCUCCCUCUCCUCCUCCCCCGUCUCCUCCCCCGUGCUGGCCAAGCGCCUGGGCAGCCCAGGGUUCCACCAGUCGUCCUACCAAGCCGGGGUCAACCAGCGGUUCCACGCCGCCCGCCACAAGUUCCAGAGCCAGGCCGAGCUGGAGACACAGCCUCUCUCCCCCCGGGACCUCUCCCCCACCACCACACCCGUGCCCCCUCCACCCGAAAACACCGCAGCCAAGCAGCUGGCCCGCAACACCGUCACCCAGGUGCUCUCUCGUUUCACCAGCCAGCAGGCCGGCGCCAAGCUCCCCCCGCUCAACAGCUCCCCGUUUGGGACCGACUACCGCAGUCUGGCAGCCUCCCCUACAGGCGCUGGUGGGAAGUCCUCCCCUGGGCCCCUCUCCCCGGGCAUCCGCUCCCCCCUCACCCCUCGCAGCCACCCUCCCCCUAUCCCUCCUAAGAAGCCUGGUAUGAGUCCCUCCCCGGGUUCCCCGGGCCCCCCAGCGAGGUCCAGUCUCUUCCCAGAGCUGACAGGAGGUUGUGGACUCAGCAACGGGCAGGAGGGAGCCAAGGAGCAAGACAUGGUUCUCUCCUCCAGCAGCUAAUGGCUGGUAGAAGAUAGUUGUCUGGUUGUAACACGUUUUUAGCCGCCCUCGUAAUUACAUGUGGUAAUUACAGUCCUCCUUAUUUUAAAAGCACUAACCACCAGAACUACCUUGCAUAUUGUUCAAAAGUAUUUUUAAAAAAAAGGUUCCUUACCCCCGUGACUACUUACAAACAAUCGGAAACAAUCUAGUUAAAAUUAGAAGAAUAUAUAGAAUAUCCUGGUUUCACUUUUUGGUUCAGGAUCUUUAUUGCAGUCAUUAGUUUUUUUAUAUAUAUAUAUAAUUUUUUUAAGAGAUUUGAAUAUUUAGUAUUUUUAUUUUUCAUAGCUUUCUAUAAAAGCCACCAUAUUUAUCUUAGUUAAGUUGUUUUCACACGUCAGAGCUCAGUGCAUGAUACAGAUGUCUUAACUAAAAAAGAAGAACACCACCAAAAUCAAGAGGGUGCUCAGAUGACAACCCCUGAACAGUCCUUGUCAUUCUUUAAUGUAACACGUUAUCUACAUAAAGUCAGGAAGAAAGAUCCUCAAGGCAGUUUACAGUAAAUGCAGCCUCACUAGCGUGUUAUUUACCUCCACUCCAGUUCUCUCACAUCAGUUCAGUGACCCAGACAUGAGAACCACAUCCAUUUUGCUGUCCAGUCCCUUGCUUGAGCCAAUAUCAAGACUCUACCAAGAUGUCUCAACAUAAGUAUGUGUAAAUCAAAGAAAAGAGAGACAUGAGAGUAGACUGUAGUAUACUGAAAUAGGCAUGAUCUGCAUUAUUAACUAACACCAUACAGAAGCUGUGUAGGAUAUCACAUCACAAGCACAACGUUAACUAAAGCACAUGUAAAUAGUAAAAAUACUUUUCUUUGCAAUAGAUAUACAUAAGUUGUGAGUGCCCUUAAUCUUUAAGCAUAUCCAUUAACUGCAUGAUGCCCAUGUACUGUACAUGUCACUGUUGGUCAUUGUAUGUUUUAGUCAUGAAUACACUGAAUCUUGUCCUUGUUGAAAACCUUGCACUAGGCCUAGGGACAUUCUCCAGUUCAAAUUCAAACUUUCUAUUCAGGGAACAUUCAAUUUUGUCGCUACUUUGAAUAAAAGGGACCAAAUUCGUGUCUUACGAUAUUGUUUACAUGAAAUUCAGUGUGAACCAUCCAUGUUGUCUUGGAGAGAAAUGUUAAGUCAAGAAUUGGCUGCUCACCAGAUUGGGACUGCAGGUUGGAAUAGUACUGUACUGCUGUUGUCCUUUCCUACAAAUUAAACCAGUUUAAUGUAUUUUAUCUAACAAAUGUCUUGUUACUUUACUGAAGCUUAUGGGUCUUGUUUGUGAAUAUGUUUAUUUUAUGGAAUGAUACAGUAUAAAAAGGCACAGUAGUGUUUGCCUUGCUGGAUCAGAAACGAUAUACUGACGAUAUACUGAAAUACUGCAGAACUGUUACUGCAUCUGUUUCUUUCAUCUGUCAUUUUGUCCCAUCAGAAUUUUAUCUAACGCAUUUCCAAAUAAAUAUGCUAUCUCGUGUCUUACAACUGCAAAAAAGCGAUCUAGCGUUUUCAAUCCAUAGAUAUCUACCUUAUCCUGUUAGACUUCUUUCCUGUGGAGCAUCAGCCAAACUCCCUGCAGCUGGGGUGAAAGGCCCAUGAUACGACUGACUGGCAACUAAAUGUAACAGCCUGUUCACGAAAAGCCAGCAGGAAACAGGCAGAAACAGAGACGGGGACACACAAGCAGGCCGUGAUUACAGGUCUAUUUAUUUUCACAGAAUGGGGCAGUUCAGAUCCUGAAGCAGAGUGGAGAACAGUGGUGUGAGAGAUUUAGAGCAUGGAACAGACACAUGAGUAACACCUCAUCCAGAGUCUGCCUUUCACUAGUAAGGGUGUGUGUGUGUGUG